CCUCAGCUGGUGUGACAUUACCAUUUGAUCACGCACGCCGUUGCUCAUCCCUGUCCAGCUAUGGUGCGAGCUUUCCUCUCCUUCGCUGCCCUGCUUGCGGUUAGCACGGAAUGCCUGGCGUUUAUGGGGCCUUCGACUGCCUCCGUUCGGGCGCUCGGGUCAACUCAGGGUCGAUCGGUGUCGACCUCCGCCGUCUCCCGCCAGCCCUCGAGGGGCAUGCUUAGCAUGGCAAGCAAGAAGGACGAGGAGGCCGCACGGCAGCUGUCCAACAUGGCGCGUGCCGCCCGGAAGGUCGGACCCAAUGACCGAGUGGUGGAGCUCAGGAAGCCAAUGGGACUCGUUCUGGAGGAGGAUGAGCGAGGAAACGUAUACAUUGUGGAGAUCGUCCCCGGAGGCAACGCCUCGAGAAAGAAGCAGAUCAACGUCGGAGACAAGAUCACUUUCGUUUCGGCUACCUUUGGAGAGGAGAUCUGGAGCGCGCAGGGCGUCGGGCUGAGCCGCGUGCAGUCGGCCAUCAGGAUUCGGAGUGGACCGACGGUGAAGCUUGUCCUGGAAACCUCAAAGGAAGCCGAGAAGAAGAUGGCACGAGACUCGGCCAGAUUGAAGAAGAUCCAGGACGCCAAGGAAACCGAGGAAGAUAAGAGGGACCGCCUGCUGAGAGAGCUGUCGGACGACACCAAGGUCCAAAAGAAGAAGCCGUGGUACGGCCUGUUCUAGUGAGCCACGGACACGGAAGGAAGGAAGGCCCUUCGUUGUGGUUGCCACGACGACCUGGGAUUCGCUCGAAGCACGGGAGGAUUGGCAUGGUACAUGUCUCCUCUCUCCCAAUCCCGCGUGUUUUUGUUGCGUGUGUCAUGGGGUGGAACGGGAGAGGGCGAAGGGCAUUUAGCUUUUCUGAAGUUGGGCCUCGUUUCUCAUCCUCAACCUCGUACGCAUAUCAUUCGGUGGGUGUGUUGCGCUUGAAAGCCCAUUUCGCGGAGAAAUCUGCCGUCUUUUUGGGUCGCAAGCCCGGGAUUAGUGUAGUCCGCCCCACCGCAAUUCUUGGUACUUGACCGGUGUUUGUGGAAUUCGAGCCGAGUCAACUGAUCCCGUUUAUUUUGCGUGUGACAAUGACUUAAAAAUAUGUGCUCUUGCCCGGAGGCCAGAUGUGCUUUGAUUUAAUUUGCUCAUAAUAUUAUUUUAGGGCGCAGAGAGGCAAGUUGGGUGAGCUUCGUUCGGGCGAGUUUGUGUUUCGAAGCAGUUCAGGCGCUACGAGGACGCCGCCCCCCUCCAGCGAUAUUGCUAAGGGCGUGGUUUUUUUCUGGCAUACCUGAAGGUUGACUGGCAUGUUUGAUAUACGGGAGCCGAGUGGGUUUGUACACACCUCCCUCUUCGAUCUCUCUUCGAGACACGGGGAAGGCAGAGUUGGCUUUUUCUCAUAAGGUUGGCAACCCUGUGCUGUGGUGAAACCACACGGUUCUCCUCCUGAGGAGGGCAUCCUCGUCCCACUGAAAACAAGCAAAGAUGGGCUACCUUGAAGUCAACCAGGACUUCUGAUAGUUUAGACUGUUGAGGUCAAGGAUAGUCCUUGUAGUUGGCAUGAUUUCCUGCCAACGAAGCAAAGUAUUUGCAAGAGAGGCGCAACGCGAAAAAUUGUAUGGCCCCAGAUAUAGAGUAGAGAGAGGUACGGGCGGCGCUGGCACCAAAAUGCGUACCACCGCAGCAAAGGAGGUCCGAGCUGUCACUGUUGGAAAAUAGGGGGAGAAGAAGGUAUAGUCUGACUGAAAAGUUAAGAGAGCCGUCUUUGGACCAAUCACCUUGUUGUACAGAAUUUUUGAAAAUAAUGUGCCUACAACAGGCUCACGAAACACUGUUCACUGACGUGUAUCAUGUCUUGUGUUGGUGUUUACACAUGUGCGUAUCCCUCUAUUUACGGUGGUGUCACGCGUUACUGGUGCGUGUCAGCAGCUCCUCCAACGCGCCCAAAACCAACGGCAGCCAGUGCUCUGGAAAAGCGGGUGUGGUCUACACCGGAGCCGUAAUCGAUUGGUUGUCGAAACAAAAUGGAACGUGGUUUCCCACUACUGUACGUUCAGUUGUACCGUACGCACUCUGCUUGUGGCAGACAUGGAAGUCGA